AUGGCACCAAAGAAGAAAGCAGAUCAAUCCGAGAAAUCGAGGCAAGGCAAGAAGUCGGAGCCGCCUAAGAAAGUGGACCAACCCAAGAAAACAGAACAAUGUAAGAAGAAGGCGCAGCCCAAAAUACCGGAGCAGCUCAAGAAAUUGGAACCAUGCAAGAAAUCGGGGCAAUCUAAGAGCCCGGGGCAACCUAAGAUACCAGAACAGCCUGAGAAAUCAAAGCACCUUAAGGAGUCGGAACAGUCUACGAAACCAGAACAGAAGCUGAAGAACCCAGAGCAGGAAAAGCCAAAAGAGGUGAAGAAAUCAGAACAGGCUGUGGACCAGCUUGGUCCACAGACUGCGUCAUGCCAAGCCCUCAUUCGCACAGCCUGUCCUCAAUAUCUCACGUCUGAGGAAUUCGAGCAGAUAAUCAUACAGUUCAAAAGUUGCCCAUGGCAGGAGAAUAAGCAGGUGUUAUGGAGCGGGUUGAUGAAGGAUCAGGUUCAAGAAUGGGCAGCUCGACGAGGGAUGCAGACGCUCACCACCGCCAUGGGACCAUUGAUGGACUCGAACAAUCCCCUAUGCUUGCGACAAACGAAAAGCUCCUGCGCGUGGUCAAAGUAUAUCAAAGGCGCUUCUCUUGUCUUUGCAUGGCGUAUUUCUCAAGGCUCAUACACUACUGUCCUGACUCCCCCACCGCCAGAACGGUUUCAUCCAGACGGUCUGACCAACUGGCAAGACAUAGAAGAGCCCGUCCUGAAGGGUCGUCUAGGCACUCCGACGUCAUGUGCAAUCUUGCUAGUUCAUCCAGCUGUCCAAGAAGCUCAAAACUUCCGCUACCAGGUAUGGCCGGUAGACUACACAGAUGAAUGGCUUAAGAGAUUCAAGGUCAAUCAAGCCUCGAUUCGCACCUGGAGAACUAUAUCUAAAUUAAGAGCCCACACAUCAUGGAUGGUCCCUACUGACGAGCCACUCCAGUCAGCGGAUACGAUCAAGUUGAGCAACACGUGCAAACCCAAUGCCGUACCACUAGCCAACACAGCUUCGAGGGAUGAUAAUGCCUCCGCAGAUCCAAGAUAUCUUCUACAAAGUCAAAUAAAAAUGCCUGAAAGUGGAUUGAGUGGAGAGAAGAGACUAGCUACGCCACAAGUCACCAAAGCUUCAGGCACUACGAUGCCUCCUCCCAGCCCGACACCAUCUCUACAAAGCCAACAGAGCAGACGUCGAGUUGGAGUUGAUGCAGUAACUCAGACUAUCCAAGUCUCAUUCCCUGGGUCACAAAUCGUCAACAUCUCAAGCGAUGAGGCCCUACCCCCUGCUCCAGGAGGCCAGCCGCAAAGCCAAAAGGGCAUGGGUCAGACUGAAGCAGGUACAGAGACGAGCCCGGCCGUACCCAAGGUCAGUUAG